AUGAAUUUGAAACACCUCUGUCCCCCUUUGCAGUCCCACCUGCUGUUGGACCAGUUUGGAGGUAACAGGCUGGAUGAAGGCUCUGAUGUCGAAUCCGAACCAGACCUGCCUUUGAAGCGCAAGCAACGCCGCAGUCGAACCACCUUCACUGCUGAGCAGCUGGAGGAGCUGGAGAAGGCCUUUGAGAGAACCCAUUACCCAGACAUCUACACACGAGAGGAGCUGGCUCAGAGAACCAAGCUCACCGAGGCCCGAGUUCAGAGGUACCAGCUGGAGGGUUUCCAUCCAGGUAACAGGCUGGAUGAAGGCUCUGAUGUCGAAUCCGAACCAGACCUGCCUUUGAAGCGCAAGCAACGCCGCAGUCGAACCACCUUCACUGCUGAGCAGCUGGAGGAGCUGGAGAAGGCCUUUGAGAGAACCCAUUACCCAGACAUCUACACACGAGAGGAGCUGGCUCAGAGAACCAAGCUCACCGAGGCCCGAGUUCAGGUGUGGUUCAGCAACCGAAGAGCGAGAUGGCGCAAACAGGCAGGAGCAAACCAACUUGCAGCGUUCAACCAUCUGCUGCCGGGGGGCUUCCCGCCCACAGGAAUGCCCACGCUGCCCCCGUACCAGCUGCCGGACUCCACCUACCCAACAACCACCAUCUCCCAAGACGGGGGAAGCACCGUGCACAGACCCCAGCCGCUGCCUCCAUCCACCAUGCACCAGGGAGGGCUCGCUGCCGCCGCCGCCGCCGACACCGGCUCUGCCUACGGGGCCCGACACAGCUUCUCCAGCUACUCCGACAGCUUCAUGAACGCUGCAGCUCCUGCCAACCACAUGAAUCCUGUUAGCAAUGGCCUCUCCCCACAGAAGCAGGGUGCCCAAAACAAGAUGCAGUGCUCCAGGUGGAACCUCACCAUAGCCUUGAACAAUCAGGUGAUGAGCAUCCUGAGCAACCCCAGCGGGGUUCCUCCGCAACCCCAGGCUGACUUCUCCAUCUCUCCCCUUCACGGUGGCUUGGACACCACCAACUCCAUCUCUGCCAGCUGCAGCCAGAGGAGCGACUCCAUCAAGUCCGUGGACAGCCUCCCGACUUCCCAGUCCUACUGUCCUCCCACCUACAGCACCACCAGUUACAGCGUGGACCCAGUGGCUGGCUACCAGUAUGGACAGUAUGGACAAACCGCUGUUGAUUAUUUGGCCAAGAACGUGAGUCUGUCUACACAGCGCAGGAUGAAGCUGGGAGAACAUUCAGCCGUUCUGGGCCUCCUACCAGUAGAGACAGGCCAAGCUUACUGAAGAGUCCGACUGUGCCAACAACCCACUCCAGCAACGUGGUACCACUGGAGAAAACACCACCAGCCUUCCAGGGAUCUACCUGUACCCGGACCCUGCUCCUUCCCAAUUCCCUUCCGCCUGGCACCAACUCGGGCUGUGAAGGAGACGGGAAAGAGGGGGAGGGCUCUCCAAGGAUCCAGCUCUUCCCAGAGAGUGCUCUUCUGGGAGGCCUCUGUGACCUGACUCCUCCUGUGGCCAGAGACAACGGGUUGGGUACAUUUAUUAACCCCGAGUUCAUGCCCUCCCUCUGACCUACCUGGCCAUGGGGUUUUGCCCACACUUAAGGACUUUCCAUUGAUCUAGGUAGUUGGCAUAGUCAAAGCCAAAUUGAUCUUUUUCUUUUGGUUUUUGUUUUUUUUGUUUUUUUCUUUGUAAAAAAAAAGAAAUGUUUCCUUUUCUUUCCAUUGCUGUAAAUUUGGUGAAUGUUGUAUAGGAAGGAAUAACCAAGCUGAUCAUUAAGGGUGAUACAAUUCGGGACCACAGAAGACCUAUGGACCAAAUAUAAGAACUUGUUUAAAAAAAAAACAACAAACAACAAACAAAACAAAAACAAACCACAAAGACAAACAAAAACCAGACAAAACCCCAUCUAUUAAAGUGACAGCAAAUUUCCCCACCCCACUCUACCCUCACCGAUGGCUUCCCAAAGCAGGGCCCAAGCAGGCCAGAUCGCUGCUGAGCGGGGGCAGGAUGUAAGUCCGUCCAGCCUGGGACCUUUGGAAAGUGUAAAUGUAAAUUGCUGCACGAGGACUGGAGAUGAUGGGCACAGGCACGAGAGCCAUUUACUUUUCCUCUUAGGGACCAAUUUAGAGCUGAUUAUCACUGAAAAGACACGGGAGUCAGAUAGCGGCAGGAGACGCGAUGGCGAACGCUGGCCUUGCACGGCACAGAGGAAGGGCAUCAGAUACACCCCAUCAUCUUGGAGCUUUGGCCCAGCCAGUUGGGAAGGGUGAGGACUUUUAGUGGCCCUUCUUCCACUCAGCUGGGGAGAAGCUGGCCCCAAGAGCAAAGACAAGGGAGGGAAGAGUCAGAGGUGCUCGUCAGCUGCCUGCUCGGAGGGGUUAGUUUGCACAGCCAGGUUCUUCUGCAGGUAAAGGACCACCUGAAACAAAGUGGUGCUGGUUCUGAAGGUGCUUUCCCACAGCUGCCUCUCACUGAGGGAUGGAUGUGGCCCUGGAAUCAGAGGGGAGAUGGCCUGAAGAGGCUGUCUAACAGCACCUAGGGAGGAAAGGUGCUCUCAGCUGCAACAUUGCACCUAUUUGUGCUGUAGGGAAAGAUUUACCAACAGAAUUCUUUAUCUUCUAGCUCCCAGGAGAAGUCCUUGUCCCUGUCCAUCCUCCCGGCUCUUCCCCGAGUCCUCUUAUUUUUUGUCCUAUUCUGUACAACUCGAUCUCUCAGUCCCUUCCCUCUGCUUCAGUGGUGGAGCCUUUUUCUCUCCAAGCCAGAUCUUGUUCUCUGGAUUUAUCACCCCACUUUUCCGUAGCAGCCACUGCUCUCGCUUUUGGAUCGGCUCACGAUUCCGCUCAUCACUCUGCUCAGAUGAAAGCAGCCAACAAUAAGAGGUUAUUGCUAAGUCAUGAACCACAUAGCUUUUUAAAUAAUUUCCCUUUUGCAGAUGCUGAUGAUCCUUGAUGAUUCUUAAGCAGAUGUUUUCUGAUAUUAUAGACCU